GUUAUUUAUUUAAAAGGAGCUAUUAAAAGUAGUUGACAGGUUGAUAUAAUAGUGGAAAUAUAUUAAUUAUUAAAAAUGAUUGGACAUAUCGAGGCAGAAAAAAAGCGUUUAUUAUCAUUGAAAAGAAAAAAAGAAGCAUUUAAAGUUAAAGAGCAGCUUAUUCGUGACGCAUUAAAAAGUUUGGAUAAUAGAAAAGCAAGUAAUAAGAUCGUGUUCGACGAUAGCAUUGAAAAAAAUAUUGCUACUGAAAAAGAAGAGAAAAAAUUUAAGAUUUUAUUUGAUAAUGAAGAUGACGACGAUGAAGAAGUUACUUGGAAUGAUGAUAAAUUCAAAACGAAAAAAGAUUUGGACGAAAAGUAUAUAAAAUUGCAAGCAAGUUUUGGUAAUGACUCUCGGUUUACCUUGGAUGAUCGUUUUAUCGAAGAAAAUGUACAGAAUGAGGAAAAUAAAGAAGAAGUCGAUGAAUGUGACUUAGAAAAUGAAAGAGAAUGGCAAUUUAAUAUACUAGAAGACGUUUUGGGUGCACCGAUUGCGACAAAGCUUAAAAAUGAAGAGACAGUCAAAAAAUUUGCAAUGAUACGAUAUGAUCCAACGGAGGACAAACAUAAACAAUACGAACUUACAACGGAAGAAAAUAAGUCUAGUGCAAAGACUAAAAAGAGAAAGAAAAAAAUAGAAAUUGGAGUAGAAACCAACAAAGAUGAACCGGUUGUAGUAUCGAAGGAUGUAUAUUAUUCGGUAUCCGAUUCAUUGACCAAGAGUUUAAAUCAACGACAAGGAGAAUUUAGUUUAUUGAAGACAUAUGGAAAGAACAUAGACGAAACUGAUAAAAAAAAUGUAGCAGCGGUCAGUGCAAAAAUUAACGAAGAAAUGCCCAAAAAGCAAAAAUCGUUUUUAAAUUUCGACUCGACAAACCCGUUUAAAUACGAUUCAUCGGAUGACGAAAAUGGUAUUAAAUUGGAUAUUCAACGGUUAAGAGAUCGCAAAGAAGAGAAAGAAUCAAAUCAUUUAUUUGUAAAAGAUAGCGAUGAUUUCUUCUUUUCAACGAAUGAUAGACGCUUCGAAGAUGCCUUAGAUUUCUUUAAAAAGGAACUUGCGCCGAAUAACGAAUUUAAAAAUUUGAGACGUGAAUUAAAACAAAUCGUACGUGCAAAGGUUCGUAAGAACGUUAAAAGGACUGGAAAAUGGGGAAAUAGACAAAAAAUUAAAAAACUAUUAUGAAUUAUAUAAAGAGAGGAGAAAUUGUAUAUUUUGUCAAUGAUAUUAUUUGAUAAAGGCAAGUUACUUAAAAUAUACUGUAUAAUUGUACAGCUGCAAAGGUCCACAUGCGCACAACAUACAAAUGUUUCUACAAGCAUGUUUUGUUAUGUAAUUAUCAUUUAUUUUUUUAUCAAACCACAUAGUAAAAUCGUAUAAAAUAUUAUUAAUCUAUUACCAAUAUUCUGCAAUCAAUUUAUAUAAUUAUAAUCGUGCACAUAUUAACGUACAUAUAUUAAGUUUCGAUGAUGACUAUUGCACCUCAAAGGAUAGUGGAUAGGACGUAGAUGAAAGGGAAGAUAGUCAUAAUAUAUAAUAAUUAUCGUAACUUAAGUUGAUAAAUUUCUUACGCAAUAAUCCCUGUGACUAAAUGAUUAUAAAAAAUAUAUUUAACUUUUCCUAUGA